AUGGAGGCCCUAAAGUCGGCGUUGCAGCCCCUUCAACCCAUCACGAAUAAUCUACCGGCACCAAUCCGCGACCUCGGCGUGUCCAUCAUCGGCGACACCUGCUACAAGACGCUGAUCCUCGACCUCGACCCGACCAGCACCGAGUGCGUCAAGCUCGCCAUCUCCAAGGGCCUGGGCAUUGGCAUCAUCGGCGCGUCAUCCAUCGUUAAGGUGCCCCAGAUACUUAAGCUCGUUCAGUCCAAGUCGUCGUCGGGUGUCAGCUUCCUGUCCUACCUACUCGAAACCUCGUCCUACCUCAUAUCGCUUGCCUACAAUGUCCGCAACGGCUUCCCCUUCAGCACUUUUGGCGAGACGGCCUUGAUCAUGGUGCAGAACGUCGUGAUUACGGUGCUAGUUCUGAACUACAGUGGUCGAGCUAGCAUGGCAGCUCUGUUCGUGGCUGCCUUGGCUGCCAGCGUUGUCACUUUGUUCACCAAGGAUAUUGUGGAUAUGCAGAUGCUGGGCUACCUGCAAGCAGGAGCUGGUGUGCUGGGCGUGGGAAGCAAGAUUCCCCAGAUUGCUGCCAUUUGGCAAGAAGGAGGCACCGGGCAGUUGAGCGCAUUCACGGUCUUCAACUAUCUCGCCGGCUCUCUUUCUCGCAUCUUCACAACCCUGCAAGAGGUGGAUGACAAUCUCAUCCUGUAUGGCUUCAUUGCUGGCUUCGCCUUGAACUUGGUCCUCGCCACGCAGAUGGUGUACUACUGGAAUGCGCCUUCGGCCAAGGCACGGGGGAAAAGGAAGGAGGCCCCGGUUGCUGCUGUCGACAGCUCUGGCGCAUCGACGGCGACACCGAAAAAGGGCCCAACAACUCGACGCCGGGGUUGA